AUGGCAAUACUCAAUUUAUCUCUAAAGUCUAAUACAGAUGGAGGGAAAGAUAUUGCGGCACAGGCACUGGCUCGACUCUCCAUCACGUCAUAUCCGCGUGUGGCGUUUCCAGGGCAACGGUCUUUGGAGCUCGUCCAACCGUUGUUGCGCCUUCUUUCAAUCGAUCGUGAUGCACUGCAAAACGUUGAAGGUCUCUUUGCACUAACUAACCUGGCCUCCCUGGAUGAUCUUCAUAGGCAUCGGAUCAUGGCGGAACAUGGUGUCCCUCAAAUCGAUCAGUGUCUUUUCCACGAGCAUCCCAUGUUGCGCCGUGCAGCCACAGAAUGUGUGGCCAACUUAGCACAGUAUCAUGCAUUUGUUGUCGUUUGUGGUGGCACUCUUCCUCUGGAAGAAGAAGAUCUCGGAGCAAAGUUGUACUUGAGCUCGUCCACUGAACGCGUUAAAUUACUAGCCCUUUAA